AUCGCCGCCGCCAUCACCUUCCUGGUGCUCUUCACCAUCACGGGCAACGUGCUGGUGAUCAUGGCCGUGCUGAGCAGCCGCUCGCUGCGGGCGCCCCAAAACCUCUUCUUGGUGUCGUUGGCGGCCGCUGACAUCUUGGUGGCCACCCUCAUCAUCCCCUUCUCCUUGGCCAACGAGCUGCUGGGCUACUGGUACUUCGAGAAGACGUGGUGCGAGAUCUACCUGGCUUUGGACGUGCUCUUCUGCACCUCAUCCAUCGUCCACCUCUGUGCCAUCAGCCUGGACCGGUACUGGUCGGUGAGUCGCGCCAUCGAGUACAACGCCAAGAGGACGCCACGGCGUAUCAAGUGCAGCAUCUUCAUCGUCUGGACCAUCGCCGCCCUCAUCUCCCUCCCACCGUUGGUCUACAAGGGGGAGAAGAAGGCAACAGCAGCGGGAGGGCGGCCGCAGUGCAAACUCAACGAGGAGGCCUGGUAUGUCCUCUCCUCCAGUGUAGGCUCCUUCUUCGCCCCGUGUCUCAUCAUGAUCCUCGUCUACCUGCGCAUCUACCUGAUCGCCAAACGCCGCCACCGCUCCCGCCCCGCUGCCACCGAACCGCUGCCAACGGGGUCACCCAAUGUCCCCCCUCCCACCACCGGCCACCCCCCAGGGACCUGCCUGCAGGCAGACAGGACCUCUCUGCUGAGCCCUGAGGAACCUCCCACGUCCCCCAAGCCCGGGACAGGGCCGUCCCCGCAGCCCGGGGGACGCCCCAGGGCCACCUUGGCCACCGGGACAGGGCGGGUGGUGUUGGCCCAUCAGCCACCGGCGUUGAACCCUUGGAGGAAGAAGGCGCAGGUCAACCGGGAGAAGCGUUUCACCUUCGUCUUGGCCGUGGUCAUCGGCGUCUUCGUCCUCUGCUGGUUCCCCUUCUUCUUCCUCUACAGCCUGGGCGCACUCUGUCCCCAGCACUGCAAAGUCCCCGACGGUGUCUUCCAGUUCUUCUUCUGGAUCGGGUACUGCAACAGCUCCCUCAACCCCGUCAUCUACACCGUCUUCAACCAGGACUUCCGCAGGGCCUUCCGCCGCCUCCUCUGCCGCCGCCCGGCCCCGACACCAUGGUGA